CAGCUGCACCUUCGAGGACCGAUGCGUGGCCGUGCUGUGCUGCCGCUUCUGCCAGCAGGUGCUGAGCUCGCGGGGGAUGAAGGCUGUGCUGCUGGCGGACACCGACAUCGACCUCUACUCCACCGACAUCCCGCCCUCCGGUACUGUUGAUUUCAUCGGAAGCUGCUAUUUUACCGAGAUCUGCAAAUGCAAACUGAAGAACAUCGCGUGUUUAAAGUGUGGCAACAUUGUCGGUUACCAUGUGAUUUCUCCCUGCAAACCUUGCCUGCUGUCCUGUAAUAAUGGCCACUUCUGGAUGUUUCAUAGCCAAGCAGUCUUUGGCAUCAACAGACUAGACCCUUCUGGUGUGAAUGUAUUGCUCUGGGGCAACUUGCCAGAUUUGGAGGAAAGCACAGAUGAAGAUAUGUCCUGCAUCUCUGAGGAGGAGUAUAUCAGAUAAAUGUUAUCUACAAUAGACUGCAGUAUCUUCCCUAGAUUUGUUGCAUUGCUGUUUGGUUUGGAUUUGUUUUUUUUUCUUGCUGGCCCAUCAGAGCUAAAACAAUGCAGGAAACCAGGAUACCUGGAAAACAAUCCUAAAAAAGGAAGGCAUCAUCUUCCUCUUUCACUGUAGCCUUCCUUAGACUUGAAUCUGCCUAGUGUGUGUGUUCUGACUGGAGACACGCCUU